AUGCAUCGACUUCGACGAAGCAGAUUUUCAAAUAUAUUUCUUCAAACUAAAAAACCUUCUUCACUCGAUCAAAUGCUCUCAAUUUGGACAAAAGGCAAUGAGCGUUUCGAGGACGACCAACGAAUUGUAGAACGUAUUCAACAUUGGUUGGAAAUAAAUGCUCAAUCUGCCACGACACUCUUUGAAAAUAUUUAUAUGGAAUCAUUACGAGAUAUAACGUACACCCCAUUACUCGCAUUUUUUUAUCACUGGGGUAUCGGAACCAAAGUGAAUCCGGACGAAACUUUUCAUUGUGAAAUAUUAUCAGAUAUCUUGGAGAGUUUGCUCACUUUCGAUGAGAUUAUUUCGACGAGAGAUUUAUAUUCAUGCAUUCUCGUGAAUCGUCAAUGGUGUAAAGUAGCGAUGCCUGUUUUAUGGAGUAAUCCAUUCUACGACAAUUGUUCAAGCGUCAAAAAGCAAUGUGAUCUCGUUGAUACUUUCUUGAAUUUAUUAUCCACAAAUCAACUUGUACAAUUAAAAGCGAAAAAUUAUCAACAAAAUCAACAACAAUAUACGACCUCAGUAAUAGAAGAAGUGGCUUUAUUGACACUUGAUCUUCUUCUACCAAGGAAAAAGCCAUUAUUCGCGUAUGCACAUUUCGUUAGACAUUUAAAUUUUCGUGCGAUGAUAGAAUCUGUGAAUUUAUGGUGUAUUAGGAAUGGAAAAAGAGAUUCAUUUUGGAGAGUGAUAAAUGUCUUAUUGCGGUUGAUGAAAAACAAUGGGGCGAGGCUCCAAUCAAUUUACGGAAUACCAGAAACGGAUUUUUCUAACGGAAUUAUCGGAUUUUUUGAGAAAAGACCGGAACUUGCUUCUUGGAUUUCGAAGGUAAAAUCAUAUCGAUUUAUCUGUGGCUCAUAUGAUUAUCCUCGACGUUCAAUUACCAUACUUUCAAGUAAUUUGAAUACCUUGGAAUUGUGCUUCGGUCGACGACGAGCUGAAACCGAACGUGAUCAUUGCAUGCAAUUUUUAGAGAGCAUGUCAUUAGUCCCAAAUCUAAAGAGAUUUGUCAUCAAAAAAUUCAGGGAAUUCGACAUGAUCGAUACUUUACUCUUUUCAUUAACGUCGGUAGCUCCAAACCUCACGGAAAUCGAAUUUAUCGAGACAAGUUUUCGAUGUGGACGAAAUUUUGAUUAUACAGAAGCGAUUCAAUCACUCAAAAUUCUCUCUUUUAUAAAGUGUCAGUGA